AUGACAAUUGAAGAAUACGACAGUACAAAUUUGCUUGAGCUUGUCAAACAAAACUUGCUCAACUGUGCAUUCCUUCUCUUUCUUCACUUGAAGUUUGAAUAUACGCAGCCGUUGAUUUUGCAAGCCAUUUUACCGCUAAAAUCGUUCUUAUCCGCUCCGAUUGUGAAAAUCCAUCUUUUAGGAUUCCCUGCCGUUGGUGAUCUGAGCCGCCCUUUCCCCCUUCCCAAAUCGCCGUUUGCAGCGUUCUUUCAAAACGAGCAAGAGGAAGGAGUGACCGACGCACCUGCAAGGACUGAGCAGAAAUCUGUUGAGAAGAGCUCUGAAGCUCAAAACGAUACUCUAAGAAUGAGAAAGAAAGGGACUCCCUCAAAUAGCAAAAUAUUGACCUUUGGUCGUCAACAAUAG